GAACUGCCCAAAAAUGGCGAUGAGAAAACGAAACGGCAAAAGCUUAUUCCCAAUUCCCAUUUAUAGCUAGCUAGUUACAGAAUGAGUUUUGAGUUCCCGAUUUCACCACUCUAGUGAGAGAAUCAAACAAGAUUAGGGUUUCUGCUUCAUCAUCAUCACAAGUCAUGGCGUCAAAACCACACCAGAAAACCGAGCUAAGAAAGCCCCUCUUUGUCAAGGUCGCAGAUCUCAAGCCAGGUACCACCGGCCAUACUCUCGUUGUCAAGGUUCUUUCCUCAACCACCGUUUUGCAGAAAUCUGGAUCCGCCUCUCAGAAUCUCCGCCAGACUCGCAUUGCCGAAUGUCUCGUCGGAGAUGAAACCGGAACCAUCCUAUUUACCGCUCGUAACGAUCAAGUUGACUUGAUGAAGGCUGGAGCAACAGUAAACAUUCGAAAUUCAAAGAUUGACAUGUUCAAAAGUUCAAUGAGGCUUGCAGUUGACAAAUGGGGUCGUGUUGAGGUGACUGAACCUGCUACAUUUGAUGUGAAGGAGACGAACAAUCUGUCUCUUGUUGAGUAUGAACUGGUGAAUGUUGUUGAAGAGUGAUUCUUCAUUCUCUUCUAUCUUUUCUUUUCUUUGAAUCCAUUCAAUCAUGGUAGAGAUAAAAAAAAAAACCCAUAACUGGUAGUUGAUGAUUGAAAUUUGUUCUAUCAAUUUCUUGCAAUAGAUGAGAAGAAAGAUCUUUCCUUUUGUUAUGAUGGUUACUUGAGAAAAUGGGAUCUUUCUUUUCCAUUUUAAACUGAAAGUUCUUGCUAAUGAAUAUGACUGUUUUGGUAUGCAUUUCUUUUGUUAUAGUUUUUUCAAUUUAAUUUUGGUGAUU